CCCUCCAGGAUCCUGACACGUGGCUGUUUUGGAGAGCCGUGGUGACUACUGCAGCUCGCGGAUCCUGCUCGGCAGAGUCAGCCUUCAUCACACCGGCCUGGGUGGCAGGGACACACUGGAGCACAGACUGCAGAAACCACAAGCAUUACUCGUUGCAAGUGCUUUCUGGACCGUGUGACGGAUGAAAGGUGUAAGCUGUAAGAAGCCCAGCUGGGCUGUAGCUGCUCUGUUUAUCCCAGUCACUCUGCUGGUGCUGACCUCCAGGGGGGCCUUAAGUAGCCACAAGAUGACACAAACAGCUAUGGCUCAGGCCACAGCCUCGGCUGCUGGACCGGGCCUCGGCCUGACAGACGGACUCCCAGGCUACCGUGAAAUAUCGAACUUCUUAUCCAGCGAACAGGCUCAUGUCUGGCUCCUGUCCCUCGUGGGCUCUGUUGCUGUCGGUCUCACUGGGAUUUUACCUCUUCUGGUGAUUCCCAUUGAAGCUGGAGCAGCCCUCAAAUCAGAAGCUGGUGGUCGGAAGCUGAAGCAGCUGUUGAGCUUUGCUAUUGGUGGUCUCCUUGGUGAUGUAUUCCUUCACCUCCUUCCUGAGGCGUGGGCGCUCCCUGGCUCUUCAGGGGCGGCUGGAGGCAAUUACUUCCAAUUUGGGGCAAACAACCACUAAAACUCAAGGAAAACU